AAUAGGAUGGGCCGUGCACAAGAAAGUGUCCACUACGGAUUUCCUGGGAAAGAAAAUAGUUGAAGAGAAUGAGGCAGAGCGAGGAAGGCAAGCAGAAACCCGCUCGGCAGCUCCAUCACGAUUCGGCAGGCGACCCCAUUUUCUGGAUAAACAUCACUCCCUGUUCCCACAUGCCUUACAAGGGAAUGUGUUGAUGGUUAACAUCAUUUAUCACCAAUAUACGCCCCGGCUCCACUCACCAUUUGAGCUUUAUGCUCUCAGAGACGUCCUAUAAUCCAUAUGUAUAUAAAAGGGGGCUCCCUACUCUGAGGACUGGUUGGAUGCUUCAAGCAAUGACCAGAGAUACACGAACUCUGAAGAGCGAGGUUAGACAGAGAGUAUGCAUGCAGACACCAAUACCCGUGUCAUUUCAGCCCCAACCUUCAUUCUCACUGGGCUUCGUCACUCUCACUUUUUUUUUUUACGAAACUUUCCUCUCUUUUUCAAUCAUCAAUGUAUACUGUGCACAGUACAUACAUACAGCGUGGUCAUUUGGGUGGGGGUUACCGGGGGGGAGACAAACAGCGUUGGUGUUUCAGGUGACAAACCACUUGGUAACUGACUUACCGUGGAUGCGCCAAAGCAAUGAUGAAUCAUCGGACCCGGUAUUGGGCUAGAUUGACUGACGAAAUGGGCUAGACCGCUUCCUAUUUUGUGGGGUAAAAAAGCAAUCAUGGAUUGGAAUCAUG